AUGUCGAGCCUUAUCCCGGCACCCAAGCCUCACCCGUCGAUGGCCGAUAGGCGGCUUGCGCCCGUCUCGACCGAACACAAACCGAGUUACGAUCAGUUGGAUACGCCCGUCACGGAUCCCCAUAAGCCCACGGGCCCUCUUGCCCCGGGCCGGAGGGCCCGUGACCGCGGCGUACUUUCAUCAGACGAUAAUGCCCUAACCAAGCAAGUCGUCGCCACUCACGCACCCGACAUGGAGGACCUCGACGUUAGGCCCAUUCUCGCCAUUAUCGAGGAUAUCUUGCGCCUCGCAAGGCCCAUCUCCGCUCAUGACUCGACUUCUUCGGCAGCGGAAAUUGCAUCACACGUGUUGCCACAUGACGAAAAGUCCCUCCACCACUCCACUCACCGGCCUUCGGACGAUAAAGUUUUCCACACUCCCCAUCCACCGGUCGCCGAUCCCGAUGCAGAAAUCGUCAAAAUCCUCGCUUAUUCCAUCAACAAAGUGUCCUCCGAGAUUAUUAGCAAAUGCUCGGGUGGUGUCGAGACUCAUGCGGUCACCAUGGAACUCCUCAAGUCCCUGUCGAGCUACUCGUGGGAUGCUAAGGCCGUAAUCGUAUUUGCGGCCUUUGCCAUCAAUUACGGCGAGUUCUGGCUGGUCGAGCAGCUCCAGAAGACAAAUCCACUCGCGAAAAACAUCGCCGCCCUCAAGGACCUCCCGUCAAUUAUAGACCACGCGGGGGACCUGAAAAAAAGGUUCGAGGCUGUUCUUGAUUUGCUGAACCAGGUCCUCCGGGUCACACAUUGCAUCAUCGAGUUCAAGGAGCUGCCGCACAUGUACAUCAGCAGCGAGUCGCCGGAGAUAUCGGCGGCAACAGCCCAUAUUCCGACCGCCGUUUAUUGGAUCUUGAGGAGCCUGCUCGUUUGCGCCUCGACUCUCUUGAACCUGAUCGGCAGUGGCCAUGAAUACAUGACAUCAACGGCCGAGUCGUGGGAGAUACUGAACCUGGCACACAAGCUCUCGGUUAUAUUCGAGCACUUGCAGAAUCAGCUGAGGAAAUGUACCGAGACAAUCAACAAGAAGAAGGCAGAAGAUGCAUACUUUGCAUUCAGAAAACUUAUGGAGUCGGCUCAUAUCGACAACAUGAAAGUACUCAAGGCGAUGAUCAAAUCCCGAGAUGACCAACGUCCGCUCUUCGAUGGCUCAAAACGACUAAAUGAACGAAUAGAAGCCCUUCGGCUAAAAUACGUGCUCCUCCUAAUCUCGAACCUCGAGCUCCCUCAAGAAGAGCUCCACAUACUCCACUCCAUCUACAGCCAGCACCAGAUGAGGCACGAGUACGAAGUAUUAUGGCUGCCUCUCAUGGACCCCACCACGGCCCAGCUAACCCCGACUCAAGAGACUGUAUUCUACGACUUACGAAACAACAUGCCGUGGCAUUCGGUCGAGCACCCGUCACUGGUCGAGCCAGUGGCUGCGCGAUACAUUCGGGACGUGUGGGGUUUCGUGCACACGCCAAUGCUGGUUGUGCUUGACCCGCAGGGAAAGCCUGCCAACCUGGACGCCCUGCCUAUGAUGUGGAUAUGGGGAAGCUCGGCUUUCCCAUUCACGCGGGCCCGCGAGGGGGCACUCUGGGCCGAGAGCACGUGGAAUAUCGACCUGCUGGCCGAUGCCAUCGACCCGCGAUUCUCCGAAUGGAUUCGAGACAACAAGGUGAUUUGCCUGUACGGAGGGGAGGACAUUGACUGGAUCCGACGGUUCACCUUAUCGGCACGUGCGGUUGCCGGUGCUCUUCAGGUCCCUUUGGAGAUGCUUUAUGUCGGCAAACGCUACCCGAAGGACAAGGUUCGGAGGUGCCACGAAGUGAUUCACCGCGAAAAUCUGAGCCACAUUUUCUCGGUCGACUAUUACGACUACGUGUGGUUCUUUUGGGUUCGGUUGUGGAGCAUGUGGAACUCCAAGAAACAAAUAGGCAUGACCGUCGACAAUGAUAUCAUCAUGCAGGAAAUCAUGGACAUCCUCGCCUACGACAGUAGCGAACAAGGGUGGGCCGUUUUUAGCCGCGGAAAUUACGAGAUCACUAAGGCCAAUGGGGAGAAGGUGAUGCCGGUUUUGGACGGCUACGCAGAUUGGGGGUACAAAGUCGAUCAUCCGGACAAAUUUGUGCCAGUGCUUGACGAGCAACUACGGGGUUUCCACCCAGAGCACCACUGCAACCGCCUGAUUCUGCCGGGUCAGGCGGGAUACAUCCCCGAAAGGGUGGUGUGCUCUGAGUGCGGCAAGCUCAUGGACAAGUAUGUCAUGUACCGUUGUUGCACCGACUGA